UGUCUUCUUUAUUUGAGUCUUGAAACCCUAAGUUUCACCUUAUUUGAGGUAUGGUCGCACCAGGAAAGCUUUCAAAUCUGUUAAAUGCCAUUGCUUACGUUUUACAACAAGGGACUCUAAUUUGAAUACUUGGCCUUUUCUCUCCUGGGUUUAUUGUUCUCUCAUCGAUUUGAUCUCAAUAUUGGAAAGAAAGAAGUAUGUUGAUAGAUCUUCGGAAGAUUCGUUUUGCUUAAUUGAUGAUUUCUUUUGAAUGAUAUGUUGAUAUAUGUGAAAUUUCACAUUUCUUGGUGAAUUGGGUAGUUCUGUUAUUGUUUGAUUUGGACAAGGUUCAUCUUUAUUUCACAGAGAUUCCCUAAAUCACAGGAAUUGGAUUAGAGUGGCUGAAUUUGUCUCUUUCUUGAAGAAUUUCUGAGGUUUUAACUGCGAAAUUGGUUUUUCCUAGCUGGGCUGACCAUUCUCGGAUCCAGGAGAAUUCUUUUUUAUUUGUCAAAUUCAAAUUGGUUUUUGAUUGUGAGGAUGGCAUAGCGGAAAUUGUUGUAAUAAUCUUUGAUAUGAAAGAAGUGAGAGAUGCUUCUUGAAUACUUGAUAAUGGGUUCUAAUAACUCUACUUGAAACAGCUGCAAGGUAUUGUUUGGGUUGGCUGUGCUAAGCUCGACUAAUUAAGGCCAGAGAUGGGAAGGCCACUCUUCUAUGAAAUACUUGAAAAACCAGCAACAAGUUGUAUGAUAGCAAUUUGUACCGUGAUCUGGUUCUAUGUACAGAAGAAAAAUAUUGGGUAUGCGCAACUGGGUUUGAGUUAUGAAACAGCUAUUGAAGGGAAUCAUUGGAGGAUAAUAACUUCAGCAUUCUCUCAUAUAAGUGUGAUUCACCUGGUUUUCAACAUGAGUGCCCUUUGGAGUCUUGGGGUGGUAGAGCAGGUGGGCCAUAUGGGUCUUGGGGUUGAGUUCUAUCUCCAUUAUACUCUUGUCUUGGUAGUCUUAUCAGGGGUUUUGGUCCUGGGGGCUUACCAUAUUUUGAUCCAAAAGUUUAAGCUAGAGUAUUUCCGAAGAGUGACAGCUGUUGGGUACUCGUGCGUUGUGUUUGGGUGGAUGACUAUCCUUUCUGUGAAGCAGCCUUCAUCCAAAUUGGAGCUGUUUGGGUUUCUCUCACUGCCUAUCAGUUUUGCUCCAUUUGAAUCCCUUAUUUUGACUUCAAUAAUUGUUCCCCAGGCAAGUUUUCUGGGACAUUUAUCAGGAAUUAUUGUUGGGUAUUCUAUUGGAUGGGGUUUGAUAAAUGGGAUGGACAAUUACUGGGCUAUUUCAAUGCUUGGAUGGAUUGUACUGGCAUUUGUCUUCAGUUUAAAGAGGUCUGGUGCUUUUGACUUGAGCUUUAUCGAGAUUGAACCUCUUACGGAUCCUUCAUUGCCCUCCGUUCUUGCAUCAGGAAAUGGUAGAACGCUACAGAUGAGUGCACUACCACUGGAAGGUGCUGAACUUGUGUAGCUACUGAUUAAGAGUAUGCACCAGAUUUUCCCCUUAUUCCCCUGAUGAUGUCUUGACCUACUUGGGAAUGAACCCAUAUUCAUACUGUAUUGAGUACCUCUGUGAAUAUAGCAGCUUCUAUUGGAACUGCAAGGAGUUUCAAGUCCUGUACUAAGCAGUGAAGUCUGUCAGACUAUUUUGUUUUAUCAUGAUAGGUGUUUCAAUGCUGCUCCUGAACUCAUUUUUCAGAAGAUGUCUGUACUUGUUGCCAAACACCUUAUGCAUUUUUGGAGGUCACUUUUCUAGUCC